GUGUCACAUACAUAUAAAUGUCCUGACGCAGAAUUAUGCAGCUUAUCCAGUCAUGUUAGGUUUGUAGACUGGAACAAUGUAUAUACAUUUAAGUUUACCUGCAAAAAAUGAAUUUAUUUACUUGGAAAGUGCUAAGAUAAAAAUUAUUUCCCGUUAGAAAAAGAAGAUCAUUAGAUACAAUAUCCAGACAGCAUUUUCCUGCUAAGAUGUUGAGCACCGAUCAACUCUAAAGAACCGAUAUUUGAAUAAACCACCAAUAUAUAAAUGUGAGAAGUGGCAGAACCAUUUCAAACAGCUUUCAUUCGUUGGAUGGUGUUGGAUGUAUCUGAUAAAAGUAGGCAACAGUUCAUAGGAGUUGCUAAGAAUUUAUUCAUUUACUUUUUACGGAAUUCGUUUAACAUUUUGUCACAUGCACAUUUUAAUUAUCUGGAGGAUAUAUUUUAAAUCAAGAGGAUUUACAAAUCAUUAUAUAAAUUACGCUGAGUACCGGUGUACAGAAGUAUAAUAAAUUAAAAGAAGUCCUAGCGUAUCACUACAACACUUGUACUAGUGUACAGAAGUAUAAUAAAUUGAAAGAGCUCCUAGCGUAUUACUACACCACUUGUACUGAAAGAACUCUUAGAGUAUCACUAGACCACUUGGCAAACAACUGUGCUGCCGUUGCCAGCGAGACGAUAACAAUAAUAGGCGGUUUUAUUCUUCUAACCGUGUAAUUUGUCCAUACCGGAAAUGAGUUGACUGAUGUGAAUUCCCGGGGAAGAAAAUGGAACUACUUGUAAUGGCUAUUCUGAUUGUAAAAGUAACCUUGACAUUUGGAGAUGAAAAUGAGUACAGACUGGUCCGCGAUUUGUUUAAAGCAUACGACAAAAGAGUGAGACCGUCGAUACAUUACAGUAAAGCCGUCAACAUGACAUAUGCAGUUGCUUUAGCACAGAUCAUUGAUGUGGACGAAAAGAACCAGAUCAUCACGACAAAUUGUUGGCUCAAUCAGAACUGGAUGGAUCCAAAACUGAGAUGGGAACCAGGCAAAUAUGGAAAUAUUUCUGUAAUUCGAAUCCCAUAUAGAGAUAUAUGGAAACCUGAUGUUGUGUUAUAUAAUAAUGCUGACGUCAGCUCCACAGUCACUUCCGUGAGUUCAAACGUUAUUAUUAACCAUUUUGGAAAUGUCACGUGGUUGUCAAUGUCUAUUUUUAGAAGCUCUUGCUCAAUAGACGUUAAAUACUUUCCAUACGAUAUCCAAAACUGCACGAUGGAAUUUGCUUCGUGGACAUACGGAAUGGAUAAAUUAAAUAUAAUAAGUGAUAUUCAAAGUGGUGAUAUUUCAAAUUAUGUACCAAGCUCAGAAUGGGAAUUGCUGGAUUAUCAGCCGAAACGAAGUGUAGAGACAUUCUCUUGUUGCCCGGAUGAACCUGUGCCUUUUAUGAAGUACUAUAUUGUUAUAAAGCGGAGACCAUUGUUUUACUUAUUUAAUAUGGUUAUGCCAUGUGUUUUGAUAACUAUCGUUGCUCUACUAGGCUUCUAUAUGCCCCCGGAGUCUGGAGAGAAAGUUUCAAUGGGAAUUACCACAUUGUUGUCCAUAGUUGUCUUCCUGAUGAUAGUCGCAGAAAGUAUGCCCCCAACUUCAGAUGUAGUGCCUCUUAUAGGUUUAUAUUAUGGUGUGACUAUUGCAAUCGUAUCGUCUGCCACUGCAAUGACAGUUCUUACUUUAAACAUUCAUCAUAAAGGGGCUAGAGGAAUAGAGGUGCCGCAUACUGUAAAGAAAAUUUUCUUUGGGCUGAUAGCAAAGGUUUUAUUCAUCAAACUGGAUCUUCCUUCGCCCCCACCGGGCCCCGGUCUGUCAAGAAUACCACUUCAUGAUCACUGCCAAUACGAAUCACCAGAUUUUGAACCGGAAAUACCGACACAAAACGGCGGGUUGUCUCCCCGCUUUGUGAAUAGACUUCGUGUAGGUGGCGCCACGCCAACAGCUACUGACAAUGUUGAACAGCAGUUUUUAAAAGUUUUAAAGAAAGUUUAUCAAACAAUCGAAAGAAACGAAACAAGACUACAAGAACAAGACAGAAAAGAUAUAUUGAAACAAGAGUGGCAACAAUUAGCUUUAGUCCUGGAUAGACUUUUGUUGCUUGUGUUUAUUAUAGUAACAAUAACGGUAACUCUGGUGGUGAUGAUUCCUCAAGAUUAUAACCUGUCAAAAUAAGCUACAAAUGGUGUUUAGAUUAACCCAUCAUUUCUACAUACUUGCUUUCUAUGGAAUUGACACGCAGGAUUUUAGUGACCCCUAUUUCUGCAAAGUUGUCGCGUGUGCUCUCACUACAAUUGUAAGUACUACAAAUCUUGGAAAUACUGAUACAGUAUUGCCGUUACAUAUGUUCUCAGAACCAGAAAACAAUGAUAAUUCAAAUGAACAUCACGUUUGAAGUAAGAAAACAUUGGAUAGUAAGUAAUGUGUUUUCAGACUGAUAGUAAUAAGAAAUGUUGGAAUAUCUUCAUGAACAAGUUAGCAUGUCAGCAUCGCGAAUGUAGAAACAACAAAAGGCGACUGAUGUUCUGUAUAUUGACUCUCUGCAAAGAAAUGGAACCAACAGCGAACGGAUUUUUCUUCAAAGUUUGGCUGAAAGUGCUUUUAUCAUCUUAUUCUUCAAUUUAUUCGUAAUUCUUGUACAGUCAUCUAACGUUAAUGUAAUACUGUAAUAACUGGUAAAAUAGCUUCCAUUAAAUUUAUGUUAAACAUGGAUCAUUUAUCGUUUUAAAUAUAUAACUGUGAUGGUCGAAAUAGUGUGCACAGUGCUAUUUAUUUUUACUUUUCAGUUUACAUGUUUUGUCACAAAAAUUCAGUACGCCAGUUUCUUGGUUAAGUGCAUGUAGGUUGUGUUGUGGAAUAAUAGCAUUUGUUUAAUAGCCUUUGUGUACUAGAAAAUCAAUGCAGUCUUUAUACCUAUACACCUAAUUUAACCAAGAGUGGAGCAAUUCCGGGGAAAUAAGGCUGCUCCAUUUAGAUUCUGUGGCUACAAUAACUUGUGCUUUUUAUUAUAUUCCACCGGUUGCAUACAAGUUGAGUAAAAUCUAUUUUCUUAGCUGUAUUUAUUAACCUAAAUGACACUUUGAGUUGCAAAAAGUUACAAAACUGUUUUUUAUCAACAAAAGAAACAAAAAAAUCGUUUUGGGAUUUAGGUUGGGUUUUGGGAAGGAAAUGUCUGCGACUUUAUCUGUUUUAAAAGUUGCUUUUCCCAUUUACACGUUAUACAUUUUGUUUUAACAAUUCAUUGUUUAUCAGCAUUUCUUCAGUGUGUAUUAAAGAAAGAUUUGUAAAUUUCUGUCUGGUUAAGUUAUAUAACCAAGAUAUCUACUGUAGAAUUUUGUUCAUCAAAGAAAACAUUAUUUUCAAUACCUUUCUUUGCAAAAUUAAAUACCAUUUUGACAGUUUUUCGUUGCAUAUUUCAUCAUCAUUGUGACAGUAUUUGUUUCAAAAUUUUGACUAACUUAUGAAUGUAUCAAAGCUUUAAUAAUUAUUCAUUAGUAACGAAUUUGCAGUAAUUCAUUCAAUAAUUAUAUAGUAUUCAUUCGUUUGAAAUAGAAAAUAUGUACAAAACGCCAAACAAUCAGAUGAAAUAUAUCGGAAUUGUGUCGCAAUUCCUUAACUUCUAUGAAUAUGCACAGUGCUAAUUGCCAAAUGCCAAAUACUUAUUGCUAAAUGCCUAAUGUUGCCAAAUAUUUCUUUCUGAUGCUGCAUACCAAAGGCUUUAUUCAAAAUGCUAGAUGCAGAACGUCAAAUAUUACAUUCUGCCAAAGGAUAAAUGCAUAUUGCCAAAUUAUUUAAGUUUUUGAGAUCUGUUUUUCUUCGCAGCUUUCAACUAUUUGGAAAUACAUAAUUUUCUGCUAGUUGGAACAGUAGCAUGUUCUACUGCCCGUGUGAACGAGUUUUCUAAUAUGUUUAGGUAUCAGAUUUUAAAAUGAGUUAUAUAACAAGAGCCAGCAUCUGUGGCAUAGUUUUUGAAUAACUUUUUUAUCAAUAAGCAUUUGGAAUAGAUUGUGACAUUUAUUGUUCCAGCAUUAAGUAAUUGGCAUGUAACAUAACAUGUUUUUCAAAUAGUAUUUGGUUUAAACAAUACUUUAUUAAUCACAAUUCAUUUACAACAUGUAUAUAUAUCAAACAAAGCAUACAGGAUUGAGUAGGAAGCUGAAACCUUAUUUGAAACUCUGUCCUUAUCAAAUAGUAUUUGGCAAUGAGCAUUGCGCACUUGCCUAACAUACAUUUUCUGCAUUUAUAGUAACUGCAGUAUUGAUAUUUAGUGACACGGCAUAAAAAAAAUAAAGCAAUGUUCUCACCAUUUCAACCAACGCAGUAUCAUUUCUCUGUGGUCCUGAGAUCAAAACCAACUGUGCUACUCUGUGAUAUAUGUGUUUGAAGUACAUUCUGGCAGAAUAUCUGCAGUGUUGGAAUAGGACGUUGGAAAUGUAGUUGAAAAUGUUGUGGAAAGUGAAUGCUUUUCGUGAUAAUGUUUUCUGUAUAUAUAGUUGUAUAAAGCUCUGUAAUUGUUCAUAUAAAUGAAAACUUCCAUCGUUAGCCAAAAGAUAGUUUAACUGACUGUGUUUUAAAAUAAGUCAAGGAAUUGGUUUUAAUCCUUUUUAUAGUAAUUAAAUAAAGCUUCAUUCUGCUCGGCUGAUAGUUUUCACUCCAAACUUAAUAAGCAGAUUCGCAGAGAGUUUAUUUAAAAUUUAGGUGCUUUUUUGUGCCCUGAAAUGGAUAAAAUUUUCUUUGAAACUUCUUGCAAAUCCAUGCAAUUCUUGGAUGUUUUUUGCAAGACCUUCCAAUGUGGAUAAUACCCGUCUCAAAGCACACAAAAUAGCAUUCAAUACAUAUAUUUACAUUUUACAGUAGAAUGCUACAAAACAAAUGUUUUGCUCUCCAUGUGUAUCAGAAAUUCAAACUAAAUGUCAGGAUAUCAUGUUUUCAUAUUUUCAAUAGAACAGCGGAAAAGUCCCGUCCAUGUUAAGUUGUAAUUCUCAUUUAGUUUUACCUAUGAUUUAAUGGUCUUUUCGAUAUUUCUGUGUCCAAUUUUGGAAAGUCUUUUUUCGAACGACGUCAUUUUGUUCAUACCACUCGAGUAGUCUCGUGGCAAUGAUCAUCCUUGAUAUUAUUGCACUAGUGUUGUUUAUUACUUUCUACACAAAACAUAUAUAUUGAAUGUUAGUAUUCUUUAAUAACAUAAAAAAAUGAAUUAAACUUUUACAGAACUUUGCUCCUAUAUUAUACGCCCAUUUUGUGUCUAGAACAUAACUAAAUAACGAUUAACGGUAUUUUCACUUUAAACUUGGCUUAUAGGUAGGUGGCGAUGACACGAUGUACAUGCACAUAGUCAAAGAUUUUAGUUUAGUUCAAGUGUCAAAGCAGGCCUUUGUGUUUUUGGUUGGGAGCUGAUCUUCGAAACAGUCCAACAGUUCAAGAAUUGACUCGGAUCACAUGUUGGAGGUGAUGAGACAAUUUGAGGAAGGCAAUAAUCCAUGUUACUCAUCCCGCCCCCCUCACCCCCGCACUACACACACGCCUGUCCAAUCAUCCUAGACCAAACCCAUACCCCCUUCAUCACCCCAAAUAAAAUCGCGUUUAGUUCCUUGUGCCUUUGUAUUCCGCCACAACCGCCGCUCAGAAACUCUCCAACCCAUCGCCAGAUUACACCACCUCCCCUUCAGCAGACAUACACCAAAACAUUCUUACUAUUAUUACCUCGUUUUCCUCUGGCUGUAGAACGCGUAUAUUGCCCCGUUUUGUGGAGCUGUUGUUCAGUAAACAUCUUAUGGAUAAGAAAUAGAGAGCCCUCAAAGAAGAUACCAUAUUGAUUUCGUACAAUAAUUAUUGUUUGAAUCUUCUACAGAAAUUAUAAGUUAAACGUAAAUGUUAUCGUUUAAUUUCCAUCAAACUCAGAAUUUUAGAAACAGUCCUUAAAAGGUGUCGUUUUUGUAUGGACUGUAAUUAUCUUAACAUUUUUAUAUAAGUAGGCUACUGUUUCGUCUUCCAUUUUAUAUUGUUGUUUUGUGUUUAGGAUAGUUCGAGAUACUACAAUGUACGUAAUUUGAUAGAGCUGUCACGUUAAAAGAAAACGGUCAAUCCGGCAGAAUAUGUGAAAAGUACUUGGUGAAAUUAUUGAAUUUUGAUGAAGAUGAUCCUCUUACCAAUUUAUAAUGUCGAAACAUUAAUGCUAACGUGCAAAUGUAGAGUAGGCAAUGGGUAUUUGAUUACCAAAAUAUAAAGUAUCUCAAAUAAACUGGACGUGAAUUUCAGUUCAUUUUUGGAAUUAACCGAUGAAAUGCACGAAAUGGCAACCGCCGCAUCAUAUGGAUACUAUUCAUUUUAUAUUAAUUUAGUUAGUUUUACGUAGUUGUUUAAGGGUUAAUGAUUUCUUCUUUGUAUGGCAAUAAAAUUGUUAUGCUUAGUUUAAUUGUUCAUCAUUGUCACAGAUUCGCGAACACGUUUGUGAAUACACCUUUAAUGAUCAUAUGUUUUAAAUGUGAGGUCAUGUUUGAGGUCUGUAAGAAAAAUAUGUCAACAAGCUGUGAUUUCAAGUUGUUGUAACGUAAAGGCCAUGUGAACAUUCGACAGCAUACAAUCAGUAUAAUAUACUAAUAUAAUAUAAUGUUAUUAAUCAAGCAAUUUCAUAUUGGCCUUGUUAUUUGUCCAAGGGUUGUCGUAUUGGCCCGAGGCCGUAGGCCGAGGGCCAAUACGACUGCCCGAGGACAAAUAACUAGGCCAAUAUGAAAUCGCUUGAUUAAUGAUAAUAUUAUUAUUCAACUUUCGACUGUUGGCGGUAACAGUACAAGAACUCACUAACUAGUGAGCGAGUUACCUUAUGGAAGUUAUGCGCGUUCAGGUGAAAAAUCUUGACAAGUUGUUUAGACUUAUUUUAAAAAUCAUAAUUAUUUUAGCCGGUAAAACAGAAUGAGUUGUAUGUGGGUACUUGAGAAUAAUUUUGAGAGAUAUUUUUGAUGUGACAUAAUCAAGAGUAACUAGAACUUACCUUAUUUUUUGAAUUCCUAUUUAUUUUCUUUACAGUAGUGAGUUAUGUUAUCAUGUGAACUGUGACAAAACUGCUUUAAAUAUCAUUUCCUUUUAGGCUGCAGGCAACGAGACACAAAAUUGUACACAUAUGUGUUGAUCAAGAUAAUACAACCAACCAAGCACACAUUAUACACUCCCAUGCCUCGUUUAAUUCUUAUCCGAAAUUGUUUGCAGUUCAGAACUGACACUCUUGUCCGCCAAUUUAUUCAUCCAUUUUCCAGUAUUUGAAUAGCUAUUUAUCAUUGCACAAAUAGUCCACACUAUCAAAAUGUCUGUUAAAGAUAACUCUCAUCCUUUUAAUUAAUCUGAGUUUCCUUGUUUUCUCAUUAUUUUCCUUGACAACAGCCAGAAUUUCUGACAGGAAACACUUGCAUUUUACACAAUACCGAAUAAGCGAAAUUAUCAUUGUAAUCUAUGAAGACGUGCACCCCCGCUCAGUUAUACUUGGUUAUUACAUGAACAUGUUAAAUGAUUUUUUGUCAAAAUGUGAAAGAAAAAAUGUUAUCUAAAACUCUGAUGUAAAACAAAAUGGCGUCUUUAAAAAUCUAACGGAAGUGACUUCUCCGUAUUGGCCCUCUCUUUUGAACCAAUCAAAAUGCUUGAAUUCCGUAUUGGCCCUGUUUUUCUCGUAUUGGCCCUGUUUUUCUCAUAUUGGCUCAGUUAUGUUUUGUAUUAGCUCUGUCUGUUUCAUAUGAUGUUUGCAAUUGGUCUAAUACAGUGUGUAAUAUUGUAAAGUUGAAUAAUAAUAUAUCAUAUUGCCGUCUAUGAGAAAACCUGUAUUAGUGACAUGAUAUUAUUAUCGCAUAAUAAGUACAAUGUAGUUUCAAAUACUGGAAAAUCAUUGUUUUUCUUAUGUUCAUGCAGAAACUAGAAACAAGUGUAUUGCAAUACAGUUAUCUAAGGAAAAUCAAGUUCUACCAGAUGAUAUCUGUGUUGUAAAUUCAAAAGUAUCCAUGCAUCAUGAAAAUACGGAGGUGUAUAGAUAUAAAACGGUUGAUUAAAACAAAAAUAUACAGUUGUUAUUUUUCAGUAAAUUCCUAAAUAUUCAAAUGUAUGAUGUUUAGUUAUUGAUACACAUAAUAUGUUGCACUAAUGAUUGAAAACUACACACCAUGCUCGACGAGGUCAUACAGCUUUCGUUACGUUCUUAACGUCACGUCUCAAAAUGCCUCCGGUGACUCGUUGAAAAACAUGGUAACCUUGAAAUAGUGAAGAUAUUUACUUCAAGUUUUCAGAUUUGAAAGGUAAAAUAAUGUUCUUCAUGAACAGUUUGUUAGCUCAAUUAUAAUUUCUUUUUAGUCACUAAUACAGGUUUUCUCAUGGAACCUUUAACCUUUUUAUAGCUUCACAUAGAAUAGAGGACGUCAGAUCAAAAUCCUUCAGGUUUGAGGACGGAAAUAACGCUUUGGGACUGAUUUUCAGAAGCAGACUGCAGCUUAUUUAGAGUCGGUUAGAGAAUAUUGAGCAGAGUCCGAGGAAAUAACCGAUUUCUGUUAAAAGUUGAGGAUUUUUGUAUCGAUCAUCCUUCAAUAUGGACAAAAUAAUUAAAUUCAAAUAAUCUAGAGGAACAAAUACAAAUAAUCAAAUACGUUUUAAAUCGGUUUAUGUUCUCUAAUCGACUCUUAACAACGCAAAUAGCGUUUCGCCGGCGCGGAAAGUACCUUGUGUGCAAGCUUAAGUAAGCAUGCAGGUACCAGAUGGUACUAAUGAAUUAGGAAAACGUUUUGGCAGUUAGAAUUUCGAUGUAAAUACGAUUAUUUUUAAUGAUAUCCAAUGCCUAUCUUUCACUAAAAUAUUUUAUAUUUAGAUAUUUACUUCCAAUGUAUUAACAAAUAAGAAAAAUCAACAACAACACGUGUAGCGUUUGUUCAUAGAUAAUUACUAACUUCCAACGUUUCGGCGUUAAGCCUUCCUCAGGGAAGAAUAACAAUAAAAACAACGGACGUGACGUCGUUAAACAACGUCGCGUAAAAAUGCGGUAAAAUGUAUACAAAGUUUAGAUCUACAUUUUUUUUUUUUCUUCCAAUGUAUAAAAUCCUCACCAAAUAUAUUUAACUUUACUGAAUAUAUAAAUUAAUUGUGUAUGUAGAGCUACAUUCAUAAUUAAAUGUCAUGCAGUAAAAAUCAUGCAAUAGUUUAAACAAAAGUUAUUAUAGUGGUGGUACACAUUGAUACUGUGUUCAGUGGUACAUGUAUACAGCGUGUACUAUUUUUCAAUCUUAGUAUAAAUCCCGCACGAUAACUCAAACGAUAACAUGUUUGAUAAUUAAGAUUUUUCUUCAUUAAAACGUUUCAAUACAGAAAAUAUUUUUGUAUAACAUGAUUACAGUAUGCACUUACGUUCUAUCAUUGACAACCUUUUUGAGUUCAACGAUGCGUGAGGACCAUAACAAUCAAACAAUAAUGUAAACAUCGUUUAAAUUAUCGUGCGGGAGUAGUUCUAUACAUGUAUAGUACUAUUAAUACACAUACACUAGUUAAUUUUAUGUUUACAUAAACUAUACCUAGGAAUUGUUCAUGUUUUCAAAUAUGAAAUAUUGGUUUACUAUCCCUUCAAGUAAUAGUGAUGAAUUAAUUCACACCAAGAAAAUAUUUGCGUUUUAUUUACUGACAGAUCAUUUUAGGAACGAUAGAUAUGUUCACCCAUAUCAAGUAUAAACAAUAGACGAGUUUAUAUCUAUCUUCGCAGCUGUCACGUUUUCCACAAUUAAUUAUACACAGUAGAGUUAUUUUGCCUUACAACUGGUGUUUGUAGGUUAUAUUUUGAUCGUAUAGUUUUCAACCUUCUUCUAAUGAUUGUGUUCUAUAUGUGUACAUGAUGAUUUAUCAUGAAAAUAAAACGAUUUUUUUUAAAAAAAAAAAAGA